UGUUGAAGUGUGUUCGUGAAGUCGGUACGAUGGCUCCGUGGCUUGAGUUUCCUCAUGAGAUGAAAAAUGUUACUGGUGAAGAAGAUAAAAUUCUAAGGAAAUGUUUACUAGGCUAUACAAAGCCGUUUGUGCGAUGUGGCGAGAAAGAGUACGUGAUGGCUGGCUCGUACAGGAAGCAUGCUGAGGCCAUUUACAACUUCCAAGUCCGACCUGAUGAUGUAUGGGUUAUCACUGUACCUAGAUCUGGUACAACAUGGGUACAAGAGUUAGUGUGGUUGGUGGCUAACAACAUGGACUUCAAAACAGCUAAAGACAAGCCCUUGUAUAAGAGAUUUCCUAUGUUAGAGGUAUCAACACAUAUCCCAGAAAUCGCAGUUGAACUGAUCAAGAUAAAUUUCUUUAACUUGGGCAACUUCCAAGGCCUAAACGAAGCAGUUAAGGAAAAGAGUUGGAAGUCAUUGGACAAAGCACCUUCUCCGAGGUUCAUUAAGACUCAUUUGCCAUUGUCGAUGUUGCCGCCGAACCUGCUUUCGACCGCGAAGGUUGUAUAUGUGGCGAGGGAUCCCAGAGAUGUGGCAGUGUCUUACUACUAUCUUUAUAAAAUGACGAACAAAAGCCUACUGAGAGCAAACUUCACUCACUUCUGGGAAGCUUUCAGAAGGGAUUUGUUACCGUGGACCCCUAUCGUGGCACACGCAAACGAAGCGUUUGAAAAGAGACAUCAUCCGAACCUACAUUUCGUAUUCUACGAAAAUAUGAAAAAGGAUCUGCACAGAGAAAUAGGAGAAGUCGCCAAGUUUCUGAACAAAGACUACACAGACGCACAGAUCGACAGGCUGGCUGAACAUCUCAGCUUCGACAACCUGAGGAAGAACAAAAAUGUCAACAAUAGCAUAAAUAAAGAUUCUGAAAUACAGUUUAUUAGAAAAGGUGAAGCCGGAGGCUGGAGGGCACAUUUCGACGAGAAAAUGCAGUUGCAAGCUGAGGAAUUCCUCGUAACAAGACUAGCAGGGCUCGAGUUAUCUUACCCUUCCUUCCCCACUAACGAAAUCACUAAAUUAUAACACAUACGAACCUAUUUAUUAUAUGUAUAUAGAUAAUAUCUACGCUUUUCUGUGAUCGGUAAAUGUGGAGAGUGAAUGGGAACGUGUCAAUAUUGUUGUGAUUUAUUUUGUAAACUUUUUUAAAUAUCGAACACCGGUGAAGUUGGUUAUCCAUUGCGUUCUUUCGAAUUUGAAUUUUAACGUUUGAAAUGCUUCUAAAGAGGUUAUGAUUAAAAAAAACAGAAGUGCUAGCUUUGGCUUUUGGUUACAUUUUAAAAUUAGGAAGUAGGUAUUUAAAAAAAAA